GAAAAAAUAGAAAAAAAAGAGAAGUGUGAUAACAAGAGAGUGUUUCCUGUAAGAUUAUUUCUUAAUCAAGUACACAGUGUUCUAAGACAUUUGGGCCAGCAGUAAGAGUAACAGAUAACACAUUACUUCCAGUGUGGUGGAGCAGAGAAUAAAAAAGAAAUACGUAAAACCUCACUAGUUAAAAUCACUAGGCAGUUACUAAACAACUUCGAAAUCUGACUGUAUUACUUCUUAUUUUCACCGAACACAUUUAAUGGAAACAAAUAAAUCAAUUUGUGGCAACAGAGACGCAAAAAACAGUGCAGCUAUAUAAAGAUCACCCUGUCUAACAGAAAUGGAAGCAAAUGAAUCCUACUUACAUGCUAACAUGUCCUAAGAAACUCGUUCAAAGAUUCCUUCCAUCAUGUCUCUGCAAUGGACCACAGUACAUGCUGUGCUCUGGACUAUUCUGUAUUUGUUCACAAAAAAUGUCAGAGCAUCACCAUGUGCUGAGGUAAACAGCUCAUCAACAGUGGUUCCUCUUGGCUCAGCAGUCAGUGCUUCCUGUUACAUCAAAAAAGAGUGUACACUAACACAAACCUCAGGUUAUUUUAUUAAAUGGAAAAGAAACGCUCAGUUUAUCCACCGUAGUAAUGCCAGUCAGAAGAAUGUAUAUGACGUCUACAUAACCAACCUUACUGACAUGCAAAAUGUGCUGGAAUGUUUUGUCUGCGAUUAUGAUACCUGCAACAUUGUGGGCGCCGUGGAGAUCAGAGCAGGGUAUCCUCCAUCCGUCCCACAGAACUUGACUUGCUUAAUAAAUCUAAAUGAAUCCCCUACAACUCUGGAGUGCACUUGGCUCCAUGGUAAAAAAACUUCUGACAUUCCAACAAAUUACACCUUGUACACAGAAUUCAGAGAUGUAUCAAAUAAAUUGCAACGGUUCGCCUUUGUUCCACCACCUGAUGAGAAUUUCUUCAGGGUUCCACGUUUUGGCUUUACUUUGUUUUAUGAAAUGCAAGUUUAUGUGGUAGCAAUGAAUGCCCUUGGUCAGACCACAUCCAAACUCCUAGUGAUGGAUCCAAUGAUAACAGCUAAGCUGGAUGCUCCUGUGAUUCAAGGGGUUGGAACACAAACAUUUGGAUGCCUUGAAUACAAAUGGAGUCUCUCACCUACUCAGAAGUGGAUAAAAAAGACAUUAAAUAUAGAGAUCAAAUUUAAACCUGUGAAUAACAAGAUUUUCAGUGAAGAAAAGUUUAAUUAUAGACCUGAUAAGAAAGUUAAGGUGUGUGGUCUGCUUCAUGGCAUGAGCUACGAAUCACAGAUGAGGGUAAGGUAUCAGAGCAGCCCAUGGAGCGAGUGGAGUAACACUACCGUGGCUACUACACCCAUGAAAGCUCCCACUGGCCGGCUAGUCACAUGGCUGAAGCUACAGAAGCCAGAAAGCAGGAAUCCAACCGCACAGCUGUUUUGGAAGCCAUCUUUGCAGUUUCGGCCCAACAGCAUGAAUGUAUCUUACACUGUAUCACUAAUCGGAGAAUUUACAAAGAAGAAAGAAACUGUGUGUGUCACAGAUCAGCAACACUGCUCUUUCCAGAUACAUGCAAAGGUCAAGAAGGUCUACCUAACCACCUUGAAUGAAGCAGGGAAAUCCCACCCUACUGAAGUGGCAGUGUACAGACGAAGAGGACUGGAUCCUGUCUCUUUUUUUAACGUACUUCCACAAUCUGAGGAGUCUUUGAUGGCCAACUGGAAAAGCACGGAUAACUCAGUCAUUAGUGCAUAUGUGCUGGAGUGGAAAGCAUUAUGUGGGAUGAAACAGAAUCAUGUCUCUUUUGAAAUUGUUGACAGAAAUCAGACCAGAAUGGUAGCAUCCGGUCUUGAGCCUUAUAUGCCUUAUGAAAUUUCAGUGUAUCCAAAGUAUGGCGGUGGUAUUGGUCGACCCUACAGCAGUGUGGUAUACACAAAACAAAAAGCCCCUUCCACUUCUCCAAAACUGGACACUGGACAAAUCACACCUACUUUUAUAGAACUUUACUGGGAUGAAAUCCCACUGGAGCAGAGGAAUGGAAUCAUUACUGGCUAUAAGAUUUUCUACAGAGAUGAGAAAAACAACACAGGAGUUAAAGACACUGAGAGCACAAUCAGGCAUGUGGUGCUCAAAGAUCUCUAUCCUUUCACCGUCUAUGAAAUCUUCCUGAUGACUAGCACAAAUGGUGGCAGUGUGAAUGGGUCCAUUGUAAAAGUGAAAACUGCAUCUAUUGAUGCCUUCGAGAUUGUUCUGAUUGUCAUUCCAGCAUGUGUUGGAUUGACACUUUUCUUCUUUGGUGUGUUUACCUGUUUUAUCAAACAAAAGUGGAUGAAGAAGUAUUUGUGGCCAGUGAUUCCAGACCCUGCCAACAGCAAUAUUAAAAAGUGGGCAACAGCUGAUUCUUUGGAAUGCAUGCAGCCCUUUAAAGAGGACAAGGACCCUAUGAUCGUGUAUCUCUCUAACAUCAGUAUUCUGAGUCUGCCUGAGAAAGAGAUGUUGAAAGGAGACGAGAACAUCAAGAUCAACAAUUGGCCAUAUAAUGGCAAAAGUGUGGAUGCUGGCCACAAUGAGCCAUCCCAUGAUUCUGAAUCAUUUGAGUUAGAGCAGCAAAGUGAGUCUGUGCCUUAUGCUACAGUUGUCUUUGCUGAGCCAUAUCGACGCCAGCCAGUCUCUCCACCGGUCUACCUGCGCUCAGAGUCCACACAACCACUAUUGGCAGAAGAAGAACCUUCCAGUCCUCGUCAGUAUGAGAAAAUUACCAACCAGGUCAAUCUUGCUGAUGUACACCACUUUUCAUCCUUUAACAAGAAUCUCAGUGUUAAAGAAGAAAAUGCUUCACUUUGGGUGGAUUUCCCUAUGCUCAGGUGUUUGGAAAUGAACAGCAAGUCUUAAAUUCAAUGUGUUCAUAAACAGCUAUAAUACAAUGGUUAAUUUCUUUCUCAGCUUGGAGCGGUGAAAUAUUAUGACUUUUGUUUUGUAAUUUUUUUUCCCUUUGAGACAGAGUCAUAUAUUGCUGCAGUCUGUGACCUUGUGGUCCUACUCUUAGCAAGUAUAAUAUUAACUAUUACCAAUAAAUAAACCCACCAUCUUAUUCACAUUGUAAUAUCUGAGGGAAUAAUAUACACAUGACAAGAGUAAGAUUUGGUUAGAAAGACAAACACUGUCACUGUUAGAGCAUUGUCACUUUUGUACAUGAUGGAUUUUAUUGGCCAGCAGUUCAAUCUGUUCAUGCACUGACCUAUAAAAUGUGUAAAUCUAAUGAUUUAAUAAUCCAAAUUAAUUUUGAGUGAAGCAUAAUUAAGUUUGCCGACUGUGACAUGCUGCAAAAUGAAGGCAUAAUUUACACAAGGCAUUUCAUGAUUUAGAGGUUAUACUUGAUUGGGUUUGGGUUACUCUGUGCUUUCAUUUUCUUGUGAAGAAAGAUUUAAUCACAUUUUCUGUUCCAAAUUGCCACAAAAAUGUCAAGUUCACUCAAUCUUGACAGUCACUGGUCCUAAUGAAUAGUGAAGUAGUAUGGUAAUGUGUAGAAGAAUUUGCUAUUGGAUGUAAAAUUUUUAUUAUUAUUAUUACUUGAAAAUUCUUGAAUUGACAAAGAAAUAACUUUACAGAAUGUGUUAUUGUUCUGAUGUCCAUUUCUCUGUUCUGAUUUCUGAAGCAUUAUAAGUAACAGCACUUUUUUUUAGCUGCUACAGCUGUGAAGUAGCUAAUGGCUCUGAAAAGAUUUAGCUGUCUGUCCUUGUAAAGUGUUGACUCGGUACAUUUACUUUUUUGGCUGAUUGUCUUUCUUCAAAGCAACUUAUAAUUGCGCAUGAUACAAAUUGAGCAGUUAGUGUUUAAGGGCUUUGUGGCUGACCAGAGAACAUUCGGAGGAAACUGAACUUGAAUUCAUAAAUCAAACAGUAUCCCAAAUUCUUAACCAUUUAACAACAUUCACCAAGCCAAAAAAGAUAUGGUCAAUAUUACAAUUUUUGAAAGUGUAUGUUGUAUGAAUUAAUGAAGUAACAUUUGGUGCUCAUCAAGGCUCUGUACUAGGGUCUCUUCUGGUUUCAUUUGCAUUUACAUUUGGGAGAUACAUCUACAUUUAUGGAAUUACUUUCCAUUUUUAUGCUGAUGUCAUAAUACUUUAUAUUUUGUUGUUGUUAUUGAUGAUUUUGUUGUUAAGCCAAGUGAAAUGAUACAACUUUAUAAUAUUAUAAUUAUUAUUAUUAUCAUUCAAUGUUUUUAUUUUCUUAUAUUUCAUAAUGAUAAGAAAACUAAAACUUCCUGUCUUCCAGUGUCCAACCUAAUCUGUGUGUGACACAAUUCUUCUUGUUUACUAAUUUGUCAGGAUGAAAAUCUGGUGGUUGUUACUGUUGAUUUUUUCUAUUUCAGUUAAAAAUACCAAGAGAAAAAUUACUGGAUAUUCAGAUACUGUAAGUUAGGGCAUGCCCACAGCACAGUUUAAACAAUGAAAUAAGGUAGAGCCUUACUGGAAUUUUGUUCUUAAAAUUAAUUUUAUUUGACUCUAAGUUUUAUCAGGGUUUGAAUCACUCUUAAUUUAGCAUUUCUACUUUUUGGGUUUUUUUCAUUUUGCUCACAUUUUUUUAUUGUGUUCCUUUUUUUGUAUGCUGAUUAUGUAAAAGUGCUACUUAUAUAGUCACAAAUACUAGAUAAUAAAAAUUAAUUCAGAUAGUUUAAACAUAACCUACUCUGGAUUUAAAAAAUAGAUAAAUAUAAUGAAUAAACUAAACAAAAAACAGGA